AAAAUACUCAUCCAGAGGGCCAUUCGACUCGAAUUAGCCGGAGGACAGAUCAAGUGCAGGCUUUGGUGCUACCUAGCAUGCUCCCAGAUUGGAAUAUUGUUGGCUAGAGAGGCCCAGGGCCAGGGCUAGCUUGGUGAAGAAUGAAGGGCCCUUUUGGCAGCGCUUCCAAAGGCGCUUUCGCGUAAGCUGAGAUGCCCACAUCCAUGCAGGCCUCCCAGAAGGAAGGUAGCAGAGCUUGAGCCACCUGAUGCAACUUCUUUGCCUGAAUUCAUGUAGCUACUAGCAAUGCACCACUUUCAAACCUGUAGUAAUCUGGUGCAGUUUGCUUAGUCACUCUGCAUCAGCACCUCUCCAAAUUGAGAGCCUUCAAUAUGGCUCAAACUCUGGCCAGGAGGGCCUUGCGAGCUUUCACACAAGUGGACUCGGCAAGCUGUUGGCGUCCAGUAGCAUCCAGAGUGCAGACUUUGGGUCGUAGGGAAGAUGAUGAACAACAUGACUCUGAGCUUGUUCCAGCACAAUUGCUGAACCCGGAAGUGCCCGAUGCUUUGAGGAAGCAGACUGGUGGCUCCCCUCAAUCAUGCACUCCCUUUGCGACCGCAUCGUUUUCCCGGCAGUUCACUUCAAGUUCCGCCGGCGCCAUGUUCCAUCUGCAAUCCCGCUUGCUCCACUCCUCGACCAUGCGCUACGAAAGCGCCGUGGGGCAGACAGUUGAAGUGCCCGGUGUGCAAGCGCCGGCAGGGGCGCCCGUAAGGGCAGACCCGGUGAGGGAUACCAAGGCUCUUUUGAGGACUGCGACUCUGACGCUGCUCCGGGAGCAGCUCAGGGACCAUGAGCGGGCAUGGAUCAGCCUUCCGGAGCUGUACACGAUGUGUAGGGAGACAGGCUCAGCUGACACGGACGAGGAGGCGCAGGAGGUGGUUGCUGCCCUUGACAAGGCGGGCGUUUUGAUCCAGCUUCGAGACAAGGCCUUUCUCCGGCCAGAAGAAAUCGCCCAGCAGGUCCUCCAGGCGCUCCCGGCCCCCAUGGUGGACGAGAAGGACCCGCGCAUCCAAGAGUUUGAGGCGAUGCAACUAGAGAAGCGGGCCAUUGACGGAGCGGCGCGCGCGCACGCGCGGCGGUACCUCUGGUUGGGCUGGGGUGCCCUUUCGCUGCAGACCGCCUUUUUCUUCCGGCUGACGUUCUGGGAGCUGUCGUGGGACGUCAUGGAGCCAAUCACGUACUUUGCGGCGAUGGCGACGGGGGUCUUCGGGUAUGCGUGGUUUCUAAUCACGCGCAAGGAGCCGAGCUACAGCGACGCGUUCACAAGGUUCUACUUGACGAAGCAGGAGAAGGUGGCGCACGCACGGCACUUCGACAUGGAAAGGUACUACCGGCUGCAGCGCCAGGUGCAGAGCUUCCGGAAGCAUCAGGCGCGGAGUCGGCGCGCGGCCGUUGUCGAUGACGACGAUGACUAGCAACUGAAAACGAGGGGAAAGGUUUUAGUUACGAAAGUAGGAAAGCGGUGUCUCGGAAGUGUUCUUAGUAGUGGGGAGAGAGCUACAGGGUGAUCGAAGCUAGUCGCCGGUGACGGAAGUUCUCGAAGGUGUUUGACAGCUUCGAGUUGUUAGGGUUGUACUGGAUGCUGAUGACUUCUUGUUGUACACGCUAGAAGGCACUUGUCAAGUCGAGAGAGUCACGGAAUCUGUUCCAUAGCUGCUGCCAGAUGAAAGUCUGUGCAGCUCAGUGAUAAUCAGCAAGUGUCAAUGAAGCAGGCAGCAUCCGCACUAUGCUUAGAGCAAAACUGAGGUGUUUUUGGAGAAGAUAUUGGUCGUAUUCAGUUCCCCAGCAACUUGCCACACAUGUCGGUG